AUGGCGUCGCUUGUGAAGGAGCCGCUUUUCGAGACAUCUGGGAGAGCGCCCGGACAAAACAAAACUCUUUAUUACUUAGCCAUUACUAAAACAGAGGUGAUCUGGAGAUGGUGGAAGAUCUCCCUCAGAGCGGUGGACAGAAACACCAGGCCUGGAGAAGAAAAGCAGUCGCACCAGGAGAUGUUAGAAGACUCCAGUUUCCAGAGUGAAAUCUCUACAGUGUUUGGGCGAGACAUUCUGGACUACACCAAGCGUUUGUGCCAAGGCCAUUGGAACUUCCUGGAGCACCUGCCCGACCCGCUCCUGCUGCGCAUCCUGGGCUUCCUGGAGCUGGAGGACGUGGGCCAGCUCCUACGCACCUCACGCCGCUUCUGGAAGCUGUGUCAGUCCGAGCAGUUCUGGGAGAGCGCCGUGCGACAGCGGUGCAGCACUCUGCCGGACGACGUGGUGUCUUUGUCGCGGGGGAUCGGAUGGAGACGCAUCUUCUUCACAAACAAAAUCCAACUGCAGCUGCUGCUCAAUCGCCAUCGUGUGAAGACCCUGGAGCAAGACAGCGGAGACCGGAAUCCUCCCACAGACAGAAGCCCGAAGACCGACGAGGGGCCGCUCGGGUCUAGCAUCAGUUCUAGAGAGGUCUCCCCCAGUGACACUCUCAGUGCAGUGGUGAGUCUGGAAAUGGACUCGUCUGCGCCCUCGGAUCUAAACUUCAGCCCCGAAGACGGCAAACAUGGAAUGAUGGAGGAUUUCUUAGCGGAUGUUGAAAGGUUCCGACUGUUAGAAAGCGGAGAAGCCGACGGGGAGUGA